AUGGAGGCAGGGGCGGGUUCCAGGCUGCGGCAGUGGCGGGGGCCUUACGGAGCCUUCAAGGAAGUGGCUGAGCCACUGUUCAGUGUGGGAGCACAGGUCGAGGUCAGCCGGGAAAGCAAGAACUAUGGAGCUGCUUGGCUUGCAGCUACUAUUGUUAGUAUGAUCAGCAAGUCCAUAUUUUUGGUGGAUUGCAAGACCCCGAGAGCUGUCACUGACAGAGAGUGUCGACCGGAGAUUGUUGAUGCUCAACACAUUAGGCCUCCACCUCCCCUUGCAUUAGACGAUGAGGAUUUCAGGUUACAUGAUGUUGUUGAGGUGCUUUACCAUGGCGGGUGGUCGCUAGGAGUUGUUACUCAGAUUUCUAAUGGGUCAAAGUACAUUGUCAAGUUGAAGCAUCAUGAAGAGGAGAUGGAGUUUAAUUGUUUCGAAAUGAGAUCCUGCCAGGUAUGGGAGGAUGGGCAGUGGAUCAGCUAUUCCUCCCAGAGCAUGAAACAAUAUUCACAGGAGGAGUUAAAGACAAGGAAGAGAGGCAGGCCUGCAAAGAAAAGCAUAGAAUCGGAACAAGCAGAAGAUUUGCCUGAGCAAGUUGCUGAAGAAGAACAUGGGAAGAAAGAAAUUGAGCAAUCAAAUCAAGGUCAGUCUUGGUGAUGCAUCUUUUGAAAC